GUGACGCUCAGCGCAGCGCGGCGUGCAGGUGGCGCUUAGGGCAACACUCUGUGGCCGUAGCCACCGCCCGAGACCUUGCCAGUGUAGUCUGCUGGCAGCAGCCGUGAGUGUUCGGUGUUGAACUGUCUGUGCUGUAACAUGCAGAGAUACGCGGAUCGCGUUGCGCUGGUGACGGGGGCCAGCUGCGGCAUAGGAGCCGCCGUCACGCAGGAGCUGCUUAGGCAGGGACUCACUGUCGUCGGCCUGGCGCGGAGGGUCGACAGGGUCAAGGAAUUGGAAUUGCCAGAUGCUCCAGGAAAGUUGCAUGCCAUACAAGGGGACGUCACUGACGAAGACAGUAUUCUCGCAGCCUUCAAGUGGAUAAAGGAUAACUUGUCGGGUGUUGACGUCUUGGUCAAUAACGCUGGCGUCAUAGAAGAGAGCGAGCUGACAUCUGCACCUACAGAUUUGUGGAGACGCGUCUUGGAAGUGAAUGUGCUGGGUCUGAGCAUCUGCACCAGAGAAGCCGUGCAGGACAUGUUGGCCAGAGGUGUCGACGACGGCUUCAUCAUCCACAUCAGCAGCUUGGCUGCUCACUCUCCGCCGUACAACAGCGACCUGGCGAUGUAUUACGCAAGCAAACACGCCGUCAACACGCUGCUGGAAGGCUUACGCAAAGAUCUGGUCGCCAGGGGCAGCAAGAUACGCGUUGGGGCAGUUUCUCCUGGGCUGGUGAAGACAGAAAUUUUCUCUCAUUCCAAGAAAAUAACACCAGACAUUUUCAACAUAGCACCUUGCCUUGAAGCAGAGGAUGUUGCAAAUGCUGUAGUUUACAUGUUGUCUCAACAUCCACGUGUACAGGUUCAUGAUAUUAUCCUUAAUGCUACUGGUACACAAUAGUUGAGGCAUCUCUUCUUGGAAAUUUCCUUGGUAACAAAAGAAGCAUUAGUAAAGGAACUUUGGUCAACAAGAUUAGUUGCCUGUGCUUAUUGUUUUGACUAUGUUAAAGACCUUAAGCUUCUUAUCGCUUCAUCCCUGUCUGGAGUCCUCCCAGAAACAGAAGUUACACUGUACCAUGGAAAAGUCUCAGAAUGUACAUGAUACUUGGUAGUUAAAAUGAUAUCCUAAUUGUUCCCACUGUACUAGAGAAUUUACUAGAGUACAUUGGUCCUGAGCACAACUUGUAAUUUAUGUAACUAGUAUGGACCAAUGUUAAAAAUGCCAGUGAAGUCAGAAACUGCUAACUAUUGUAAUUAUACCAUAAAUUCUCUUAAUAAAAUAUUGUUACUAGUUAAAAAGCAUUUAAACCUUAAUUUGUCAUGGUUGACAGAUCAGAUUGUAUAAACUUUAUGUCAAUCUACUGGUACUGUCCUUCAUGAAGACAGAACACUUAGAUUUUUAUAAGUUACCAUAACUAGUUACAAAAGUCACAAGGAAGGAAGGAACGUAGCAAGGAAAAAGUUUAAAAUGUUGUAGAUAAUAGGGACAUCAAUGCUGAUAUACUAUCAAGGCUGAUAUACUAGCUUGAUUGGUUACAGCUGUACUUUUGAAUUUAAAAAACACUUUUUAUCAUUGUUUCAUAAAAACACUGAACUUUACUACUCCCUCCAAACAGUUACAAAAACAACCUAUUUUGCAAUCAAGGACUGGCAUCAAAGUACAUGAGUCACAACAUAGAUGAAAGCUCAAGCUAACAUACUGAGAACAUUUAAAUAUACUCUGAUGUGUAAACAUCACACAAUUACUUGUAAUCCCACCUCCAUAACGACACCAGAUGACUCACAGUGAGACAGAACCAUCUGCAUGAGUCACAAUAGUGAAUGCAGCCUAAUAGCCCCCAGAUGUAGCUCCAGAAAAACAAAGUAGAUAACUCAGCCUUCAAGAAAUGCAAAUUAGCAAUUGAAUUCCAUGACACACAGUAUUUUCAAUUGAACAUUGAUUACAAAGUGAGGAGAGGAUACCACUAAAAAGAAAAAUGUAUGUAGACAAUGUUCCACCCACGUGGUCUGUCAUUCUGAUAUAGACAGGUACAGAGGGAAAUAAGUGAUAGUAAUCUGGACAAGAGAAUAUCCUUUGCAGACACAAAAUACUCUGAGCAAUACAUGUUGAAGGCACACACAGCAAAGAACUUGAACUGCCACCCAUCCAGUGAUGUAAUGCAUCAGCUAGAACUUUGCACAAGACAGGAUUUGUGAAAAUCAAAUACUAAGAUGCAGUCCUAUAUUGCAUCCUUAUUUGUUAGAAUACAAAGGUACCUAGGCUAAGCUGAUGCACUGUGUACUUUCUAGAAUGAUAAAAAAAUAUUAAGUUAAAUAUAUUUCAAUUCUUUAAAUUUAAA